AUGGUGGAGAGGCAAAGGAGGGCGGCCGGUGCGAACCUACAGAUCGCUGGCUGCCAGAUCCCUGGCUUCCAGAGCCCUGGCUGCCCAAGCGAUGAAGACGAGCUCCUGUACGCUGAUGAGGAGGAUGCCGGGCCUGAUACUCUAGCCAACGCCAUAUUCAGCCGCCUGUUUUGCGUCGCCUUUGACAGGUGUGUUUAUCCGCCGGCAUGGAUCUAUGAAGACGAGCUAGACAGCACGCCUGGAGCACUACCGCCCCUUUCCGACCACAACCCGCCUGCACCGCGUUGA